AUGGUCACCCUGACCAAACAGCCCGAGGGCACCGUCGAUAGGGACGCCCCUCGAUUCGAGAGGGUCACUUGGUACAAGGAACCCCAUCUGCGAAAGCUGUACUUCCUGUCCAUCUUCCUUCUUGUCGGUUCUGCUACCACCGGCUACGAUGGAAUGCUUCUCAAUACCUCUCAGCAAAUGGACUACUGGGCGGCGUACUUCCCUGAGAACAAGGACGCCAACAAGCUGGGUAUCAUGAUCAAUAUGUACAAUAUUGGUUCCAUUAUUUCCUUCUUCAUCACACCCUAUCUUGCCGAUCGAUUUGGUCGUCGCCCCAUUAUUAUGCUGGGCGCAUUCCUCAUGACUGUUGGUGCCAUGAUCACGGCCUUUGCCAAUGGCUAUGGAAUGUACAUGGGCGGCCGAUUUGUUCUCGGUUUCGGAAACUCAUUCUCUCAAAUGUGCUCUCCCCUUUUGCUCACUGAGAUUUGCCACCCCCAGCACCGUGCGCCCCUGACAACGGUCUACAACUGUCUCUGGAACCUGGGAUCCUUGGUCGUGUCCUGCGUUGGCUGGGGUACCGCCUCCAUCAAGGGCGACUGGUCCUGGAGGUCCAUCACCUUUAUCCAGUGCGUGCCUUCGGUGAUGCAGCUUGUCGGAAUCUGGUGGAUUCCCGAGUCGCCCCGAUUCCUUGUCAACAAGGACAGAUCCGAGGAAGCCCUGCAGGUUCUCGCCAAGCACCACGGUGGAGGUGAUGCGAACAAUGCUACCGUCCAGUUCCAGUACCGCGAGAUCAAGGAAGUCAUUGAGCGUGAUCGUGCCGGUGGAACCAAGACUGGCUACACUGAUUUCGUCAAGACCAGGGGCAACCUGUGGCGUCUUGGUAUCAUUGUCUCUCUUGGUAUCAUCUCCCAGUACUCUGGUAAUGCCGUCCUGUCAAACUACAUGAACAUCAUCCUCGUCGGUGCUGGUAUCACGGAGCAGAACCAGAAGCUUGCUCUGACUGCUGGAAAAACCGUUCUCGAUCUCGGAUCUUCUAUUGCUGCCGCCUUCUGCGUCGACAAGUUCGGUCGCCGCCCUCUUUUCUUGAUCUCAACUUGCGGUAUGGUUGUCUCCUUCAUCUGCUGGACAAUCACCGCCGCCGUCUACGAGAACUCGGAGAUACAGGUCCCCAUCACCGAGGACAACGCAGAAGGUGUUGAGUACACAAACACCGGAGCUGGAUACGCCCAGCUUCCCUUCAUUUGGAUCUUCGGUGUCUUCUACGCUAUUGGUUUCUCUGGACUUCUUGUCAGUUAUGCCCUGGAGAUUCUACCCUUCCAUCUCCGUGCCAAGGGCAUGAUGAUCAUGAACAUCACCGUCCAGGCCAUCCUGGCUCUCGGAAACCAAACCAACAAGCUCGCCUGGGACAACAUGCCCAACCACUGGAACUUCCUCCUCUUCUACACCCUCUGGGACCUGUGCGAACUCGUCUUCGUCUACUUCUUCUACGUCGAGACCAAGGGCCCCACCCUCGAGGAGAUUGCGCGCAUCUUCGACGGAGACGACGCGGUCGCCCACAUCGACUUUGAGCAGGUCGAGAAGGAGGUCCAGCUCACUGCGCAUGACGAGCGGUUCGACGGCAAAGCUUGA